UUCGGCCAUGCUCACCACCGCCCCUCGUCUGCGCAUCCGCCGCCCUUCUCCCACAACCGCCGAAUACACCGUCACCACUCUCCCACCUCAAACGCUGCCUCUGCGCCUCCUAUGGCUGCUCCUCCUCUUCCUGCGCAUCUUCCUCUCCCUCGUCACGCUGCUCAUCAUCUAUGCGCGAUGGGUCCAAGAGCGCAGCUCCUUUGGCGCAGCACCAACGCCCUUUUCACCCUUGUCUCUUCCGCCGCUGCUCUCCCUCGACCGCAUAAUAUUCCUCCUCGAUACGUUCCAGGAUACCCCCAGCGGCAAGCUCCUCGCUAGCAUUGCCGCCUCGGUAACCCUGCCUGUGCUUGUCCCUGUCGCGGGGGCGGUCUUUUACGCGCUCAGCUUGCGGGUGCACAAGGAGGAGAGUUUGCUGGUGCUGCGCGGGCUGGGCGUGCAGACGAGCGAGAGCCCGGCAACGUAUCUGGCCAGCGCGGCGACGCGGUUUAUUCCGACGGAGAAGAUUCAGGACAUCUUGGUGAAUGAGGCGUUUCGGGGCUUCGAGGUGCGGUAUUACCUCGUUGUGGUGGUGGAGGGAGAGGAGGAUGUUGUGGUGGUGUUUCCGGGCUUGUUGCCCAAGAGGAAGAUUGUCGAGACGGUGUGGAGGGGUGUGAGGGAGUGUUUGUAUGAGGGGAGGGGAGAGGAUAACAGAGUGAUGGCCAAUGAGAAAUGAAAUGAUUGUAUCCCAAGAAGAGAUGCACAGGACAUGCCAGUUUUGUUUUGAGAGAUGUGUAUCCUAGAAUUAGUUAGAAUCUAUAUAUACCCCAUACAACGCACUCUUGUUUUUUUCUUUUCUACCUCUACUCAUCAGCCAUGACGGCAUCACCCUCUUCCGUCUUGUUCGACUUCAUCCCCUUCUUCGCCCUCAUGUCCUCUGCGUCCGCA